AUGGCUCUGGUUCCCUCGGGCUCAGGCGGCGCGCCGGUGAUCGCCGAGGUGGAGAUGAACGGUGGCGCCGACCAGAGCUCUGCCACCGUACGCGCCACCGUCGUGCAGGCAUCCACCGUCUUCUACGACACCCCCGCCACUCUCGAUAAAGCAGAGAGAUUGAUAGCAGAGGCUGCUGGAUAUGGUUCACAGUUGGUGGUGUUCCUGGAAGCUUUUGUUGGUGGUUAUCCUCGUGGAUCCACCUUUGGCUUCGGGAUCAGUAUUAGUAUCACUAAUCCAAAAGACAAGGGAAAGGGUGAAUUCCAGAAGUAUUAUGCAGCCGCCAUAGACGUGCCUGAAAAACCUGCAGGUCCAGAGGUGACACGUUUAGCUGCUAUGGCUGGGAAAUAUAAGGUCUUUCUGGUAAUGGGUGUGAUUGAGAGAGAAGGUUACACACUGUAUUGUUCAGUGCUCUUCUUUGACCCUCUAGGUCGGUACCUGGGUAAGCACCGCAAGCUGAUGCCAACAGCAUUAGAACGGAUAAUAUGGGGAUUUGGAGAUGGAUCAACAAUUCCUGUUUAUGACACUCCACUUGGAAAGAUCGGAGCUCUUAUUUGCUGGGAAAACAAGAUGCCACUUUUGAGGACAGCACUGUAUGGUAAAGGUAUUGAGAUAUACUGCGCUCCCACGGCUGAUUCAAGGCCAGUUUGGCAAGCUUCCAUGACACACAUCGCCAUGGAGGGGGGAUGCUUUGUGUUGUCGGCAAACCAGUUCUGCCGCAGACAGGACUACCCUCCGCCAUCCGAGUACGCCUUUGCCGGUUUAGGAGAAGAGCCUUCUCCAGACACCGUUGUUUGCCCUGGAGGCAGUGUUAUCAUUUCGCCGUCGGGCGAAGUCCUGGCAGGUCCCAAUUACGACGGAGAGGCGCUCAUCACAGCCGACCUUGACAUGGGAGAGAUCGUUAGGGCCAAGUUUGAUUUUGACGUGGUGGGCCACUACUCUCGGCCUGAGGUGCUGAGCUUGGUAGUGGAUGACCAGCCGCACCGCCCGGUGUCAUUCACCUCUGCUGCGGAGAAGGCUCCGGCUGCCAAGAGCGACGGCACCGCAAAGCCCUGA